AUGUUCACGCAUUCAACUCCGGAAGGGGCAGGGCCCAAGAUGGCGGCGCCCACAAGGGCCUGAAAGAACCGCUCAUGUCUGUCAACGGAGCGGUGUGGGGCCGUGUGCGGAGCCGUCUCCGAGCCUUCCCGGAGCAGCUGGCGGCCUGCGGAGCUGAGGCCUCGGCGUAUGGCAAGUGCGUGCAGGCUUCCACCGCCCCAGGAGGACGCCUGAGUAAGGACCUCUGCGUACGUGAGUUCGAGGCCCUUCGGAGCUGCUUCGCCGCCGCGGCCAAGAGGACCAUGAUGGGAGGAGGCUCCUAGGAAGAGCAGUGGGCACAGGUGCCUUGUACUGACAGUACACGUGGAGACCUUUGGAGACUGAAAGAAAAAUGUGUGCAACAAAGUUCCUGGUGUCUUAUUGUUCUUCCCACCUUGAGCCUUGGGCAGGGCAGGGUUGUUGACCAGCAGUGUGUGUAUGAGGGUCUGGAUUUGACUGAGAUGUAACAUGAUGAUUGGAUUUUGUACAGUUGCAGACUUUUAUAUAUAAAGCACAGUAUAAGGAA